GGAGUUUUGGGGUGGAGACGUGUGAGCCUUCCUCCGUCUUCUUGAAUCUUCAUGAGAAAAAGAUCUGAUAGCCAAGAAGGGAGCCCUUCCCUGUGAAUUUGACUUCAAGGAUGCCCUGGAACGUCAAAUGGUUGAAUAACUGCAACAGCCACGGCUCCCAAUCACAGAAACAAUGCAAGAAAUCCUCUUUUGCUUUCUAUCAAGCUGUGAGAGACCAAUUACCAGUGUGGCUCUUGGAAGACAUGAGGCGCAUGGAGGUUUUCCACUGGCAAGAAGGAGGCAAAGUCAGCACAUAUUCGCCUUCAGAGGCACUGCUCUAUGCCCUGGUACACAACCACCAGCCUUAUGCCCGAUAUUUACUGAGUCAAUUUCCUAAAAGUGCCCUGGCAACACCCAGCCUUCAUUUCAGCUGCUGCCACUCUUCAGCUCCUCACUUAGCUAUGGCGGUCCGUUACAAUCGUAUUCAUGUCCUUGUAGAGAUUCUGAAGGCCGUCAAAAACUUUCCAGUAAGCGACCGAGCUACCUAUUUGGACCGCCGAGGUUGCAGUCGAGUAGAAGGUGGCAAAACAGCUCUUCAUGUGGCUUGUGAACUGACAAGGCCAGAAUGUUUGAUCUUGUUGCUGGGACACGGAGCCUCACCUUGCCUUCAUGAUUGUGCCGGGAACACACCUUUAGACCUACUUCUACAACAAAUUUGGGAGAGUCCAGCAUCAAAUCUCUGCACGAAGCUUCUCCUUCUGGACUCACUCUUGCUCUUCAUGCCUCCAGGCUUCCAUUUCGCCAUGAAACAGCAGCUGCAGGAAGAACGGCAACCAUGGCAGGGCCUUCUGGGUGAUAGCCGAUAUCAGUGGUUGGCUGGUUUUGCCCCUUUCUCUCUCUUUGUUAGAUCCAUGCAAGUUUUAAUUGGGAGCAUUUCACCUGAACAUUUCCCAGAGGCUCUGGAUGGUCUACCUUUGCCGCACUUUCUGAAACCUUUGGACUUGAAGUUGAAGGGCUAAGGUUAUAAGCUAGAGACCCCUUCUCUCACUUUUACUCCCUCUCUUCCUCACCUUUCAGUUGCUGUUUGUGUGAUGAAAAUAGGUUGUGCGGAGAACCCAUGUGCUGAAAAUGAAAUCUGUGUGGGAGAAGGAGAAACACUUGUUUUAAUUAGAGACUUUUUUCCAAAGAUU